CAUCCCUCAUGCUCACUACCCAUACUCCUCUUCUUCGACUACGAUCCGAUUGCCAUCCAGUUGCGUUGAUGCAAAUGAUAAGAAACGAGGCAAAUCCUAGCUGAUUCCUUAGCAGCUCCCCUCCAACACAAGCUACUCCUCUUGACAGGCGUCACUCCACAAAACACACUCAAGUUCUCUGGAGGGCAAUGCAAUGAUAAGAUGGCCGACGCCACUCUACCAGAUACAAUUAUUGUUUCGUCAGCUUCAGAUGACCCUCAUUCCUUCAGUGAAGGUCCAGCCGAUCCUGAGAAGUCAGAACAUCACGUACCUGACCAGGGCCCCUCUUCACAAAUCUCGGACAAUGGCCUUGCAAAGGAUUCAGGCUUUUCGAUAGCGGUGCCAUCUAGUCAUUCACAACCAAACACGAGUGAGCCUGUGGUUACCAAACCAUCCAUCCCUUCAUCCAUUUCUCAAUUAGAUGGAGCUGCACCUCAGCCAGGUGCGUUCUUCGACCACCUUCCCAAUGGUCAUACCUUGCCAGGACCGAUAGCGCCUGAGCUCGAGAUUGGGCAGCAAAGUGCACCCCUAGUGGCACCAGAUCAAGCCACAUCUACCCAGUUGGAGAACAGGGACGUCAUGGCAGACAGUGGACUUGAUCUUGAUUCUUCCGCCAUUUCGAGAACGGAGAGCAGCGUGCCCAAGAUGACAUUCCCUGAGGCAGAGCUGAAGGGAGACUCAGAGUCUCCUCUGCCUAUAGCUUAUACCGAUGCAUUGACACCUACACCAAACAGCCAAAUUGUAGCACGAGGCAACAAUCAGCAGUACACCCUCUCUGACGGGACUGUGGUGUCUGGAAAGGGUUUAGGCCGUGGCCGCCCGGGGGUCAAACGGGGUCCCAGGACGUCUAAACCCGACAAUACUGACGCAGCACGUCAGAUAAGCCAGCAAAUUCCGGCAUCGGGCAAAACAGCACCUCGUGGUCAAAAGAGAAAACGACAGAAGUCUGAUGAUGGCGGAGACUCGAUUCUUGGGUCCACGACCCCAGACUCGCGCGAGUCAUCAGAAGAGUACAACCCCACCGCUACACAGACUAGGUCAGGGCGACCCACAGGACGGCCAGUCACUCUCGGUGCCAUGACUGCGAGCCCUGCCAGCAGACCGAAGGUGACUGAGUCUCCCGCUAAAUCCAGUCCGUCCACUCCGUCCACCUUCCGAAACCAUCCAAAGAUCAGACGUCGCGUAUAUCGAGGCAAGGAACAGAGUGCACUUUGUGAACACUGUCUCCGCGGCCAUGGUCCUGUGGGGAAUGUGAUUGUCUUUUGUGAUGCUUGCAAUAAAUGCUGGCAUCAGCGCUGCCAUCAACCACAGAUAUCAAAAGAGACAGUCACUGAUACCAACGCCGAAUGGUUCUGUGCGGGUUGUGCACGGAUCCUGAACAAAGGCAAAAAAGGGAGCAAGGCUGAAAAGCUACCAGCGGUGGCGCGACCUGUUCUUUCUACCCCAGCACCUGCGCCCACAUAUGUCUAUCGUGGCCCCCGGGUUGGAGGACGGUUUUUGAGCCCUGCCCAGAAAUCGGCAUAUUUAUCAACUUUGUCCAAAGAUCGCCUGAUCUCGCUAGUGCUCGAUGCCUCGCACCUAGCUCCUGAUCUUCCCAUGUUUGAGACGUUGGUCUCGACUCAUCCUCCACUUGCCACAGAAGCCCAGUUCACGUCGACCUAUGUCACCCCUGUCACGGGACCUCCUCCAACCCAGACUACACCAGGGGCCAGUGGAGGUCAGGCAGAGGACGAGGGUUACGAUGGGUACUUUGACGAACAUGCUGCGCUUUAUCCCAAGCCUGGAUUCGGCGUCAAAUUGCCACCAGAGAAGGAAGAUAUGCACAUGUUGCUUGAAGGUCGGGACUGCAGAACAUUUAGUCAUUGGGUUAGGGGUAUGGCAGGCCGCGAGUAUCAUGGGACUAGUAGUCAACGAUGAGAAGUAGAAGGUAGAAGAUUAGCAUGUGCUUGAGUGUCACGUGAGAGAAAUACACAUGCGCCUUCACACUCUGGCCUGACUGUUACAUUCUGUAUUCUGUGUCUGGUGUAUAUGUGAACAGUGAUCGUUUAG